AUGCCUGGAGACAGCGUCAGGCGCAGGGAGUCGGACAGGAGAGACCGGCAAGAGAGGGGGGUGAGGGAUCGGGGGUCUGGCGGGGGGAGUCGCGACCGUGGUGACAGCAGGGACCGCGGGCGUGACAGGGGGGCGGACGACGGGCGCAGGCGCGGCGGGCACAGGCACCGUGACGGGCUGCCACCUGCUGGGGGCUCUUGGCGCGGGCACAGGGGCGGUGACGACAGAUGGAGGAGUGACGAGCGGUCGCGACCAAGACCGUUCGGCGACCAGCGCGCUGAAGACCACGGGUACAAGUACCGCCGCGGAUCGCGGGAGCCCGGCGCCCGGCACGACGCGGGCGAGCGGCGCCGCUCGGCGUCGCCCCUCCCGGGCCCGCCCAAGCCGAAAAGCUCCGUGCAGGCUGAGCUGCUCGCGCGGAUCCAGGCGAUCAAGGAGGAGCAGCGGAGCUCGCAGCCGGACCCCGCGGAGGCGGCGGGGAAGCGCCCCGCGUGGGAGUCCCCGGAGUCGGGCGAGAUAAGCGACGAGGCGCAGCCAGCAACCAAGAAAUCCCGACUGGCGUCCCCUCCGAAGGGGGACCGCACUGGGCGCACGGCGGCGCAGCUGGCGAUGAGCGAGCUCGAGCAGUUCAAGGCGCGCGCGAAGGCCGCGAACGCCGCCGCCGCCGAGGCCGCGGCGGCUGCCCCGCGCAAACAGGGCAUCACCGGGCACGCGUGGGCGCUCAGCGACGAGGAGGAGAGCGACGGCGACGACGACGACGCGAACGACGCGCCGGCGCAGGGCAAGGCGGGAGGGAGCGAGGAGGGGGCGGAGGGGGAUGCGGGGGCCGCGGAGGGGGCUGCGGGGGCGGGGGGGAGUGCCAAGGAGGAGUCGGACGCGGGGGGGGACUUGUUCGACGAGGAGGACGACGUCAACAUCUGGCAGGAGUGCCGCGUGGUGGACGAGUUCGAGCGGCUGAACGUGGUCGACGAGGGCACGUACGGCAUGGUGUUCCGGGCGCGGGACAGACGGAACGGCAAGAUCUACGCGUUGAAGAAGGUAAAGAUGGAGCGCGAGCGCGAGGGGUUCCCGAUGACGUCGAUCCGCGAGUUCCAGCUCCUCAUGGGCAUGCGCCACGACAACGUGGUGUCAGUCAGGGAGGUAGUGGUGGGCCGGGACUCGAUGGAUUCCAUCUACAUGGUCAUGGAAUUCAUGGACCACGACCUGCGCACGCUCAUGCAAGACAUGCCGGCCCCCUUCCAGGUCUCCGAGGUCAAGUGCCUCGUGCAGCAGCUCCUCGAGGGCCUCGCGUACCUCCACUCGGCCUGGGUCAUCCACCGUGACCUCAAACCACACAACAUCCUAUACAGCAAUCGAGGGCUGCUGAAGAUCUGCGACUUCGGGAUGGCGCGCACGUUCGGCGACCCGCAGGGCCCGAUGAGCCCCGAGGUCGUCACGAUGUGGUACCGCGCGCCGGAGCUGUUUUUGGGCGACAGGGGCUACGGCGCCGCAGUGGACGUGUGGAGCGUCGGGUGCAUCUUCGCGGAGCUGGUGACGGGCGCGCCGCUGUUCAAGAGCAACGGCGAGCUCGACCAGAUCGCGAAGUUCUGCGACGUGCUCGGCGCGCCGAACGAGGACGUGUGGCCGGGCGUGACGCAGCUCCCGCGGUACCGCGACCUGUCGUGGGGCAAGCAGAACAAGCGCAACCGCCUCCGCGAGAAGGUCCAGCCCGAGUCGUACGAGGCGCGCACCUUCUUCACUGACUCAGGGUAUGACCUGCUAGAACGGCUGCUGACGUGGGACCCGAAACGACGCAUCACCGCGCAGGACGCCCUGCAGCACCCCUGGUUCCAGGAGCAUCCGCGGCCGAAGCGGCGCGAGGAGAUGCCGACGUUCAAGUCGCAGAAGUCGCGGGACAUGCGGCACCGCAACAACGCGAGCUACUACGACGACGUCAAGCUGAAGAUGAUGAAGGCCGAGCGGGCGGGGCGGGAGAAGCAGGGCCUCUUCUAG